ACAUAGCUAACAUCAGCCCCACCUUUAGAUCCAAAAGUGCUUUUGCAACUGAAAAAAGCACUUGGAAAGACUCGUUCAUAUUUGGUCUCUCUUCUCCUUUAUCUAUUCUCUCAUCAAAAAACACCACAACAUACAUACACACACUGACACACAUAUACGAAAAACACUUCCAUGGCCUCAGAGGCACCAUCUCUUCCGUCCCCGAUCCCGACGGGGAAAGGUCUUCGGUCAUCUGCCGGUCCGACCUUCUCGGAAUACAUCAAUAAAUCAAUACAAAUCCCGGAACUAACACUGCCGGAUCAUCUGCUGCAACAAAGCUCCGUUCCGCCCCCGCCCAACAUUGAUUACGGGUCGGUGGUGGCGAGAGAUGGGAUUUCUGUGAAACGGCUUUUGAAGUCGGCUGCGAAGUUCGGCGUGUUUAUGGUGAGUGGUCAUGCAAUCUUGGUGGAGGAGUUACGUUCAAUCUUGGACUUGGAGGAAACCUGCUGUGAUUGUGAAGGGUUGGUGUGGCGUCGUUCAGAUCAAUCAAUUGGUCUUUGGGCCCAACAAUUUCUUGGGCCUCAAAACUAUCCAAAUUUCAGCCAAAAGAUGGAGAAAGUUGCUAGUAGACUGGAGGCCAUUGCAGAAGAAGUGGUUGGGGUCAUCUCAGAAAAUGCGAGUUUGCAAAACGGGAAGAGAAAUGAAGGAAGAGAAUCAAUUGUAAGUUUAUAUAGAUACAGCCACCAUACACUGAUGGACCAAAAUAUAGUAUCUUUAUCAACAACCGAAAAAGUCCAAGAAUCAUGUGAAUAUGCUCUCAGCCUCCACCUUGUGAUCGAGCAAUGUGAGUUUGGAGUCCAAUCAGAAUGUGGCAAUUUAUCAUUCAAAACCAGCCCCGACACCAUCGUUGUUAUUGUCGGAAAACAGCUCCAGGAUUCGAGUGAGGGACAAUUUAAAUCCGCUUCAAAAGAUGUAACCCUUGAGCCAGACCUCCACAAAAGUCAUCCAUUUUUCUCAAUAGAGCUCAAGUUUUGGCCUUCAAAAGUCAAUCAGGGUCUUGGCCAAAUGGUUAAGAAAAUCUCCAUUGCUGAUCAGAUCUUUAUUAUACUAGUUGUGGUUUUCCUACACAGAAUUUUGAUGUUUAUAUUCUCUUAAUUAUUUAUUGGAACAUAUCUGUGUGUGUGUGUGUGUGUGUGUGGUGUGUGUAGUGUGCUUUCAUAUGGUGAUGACUGAUGAUCUAAAUGGGUUUCAAGAUUGUGGGCGAUUUGAUGUAUAGGUGAGGUGGGUAUAUUGUUUGCAUUUGUGUGCCAUUUGAAAAGUGGAUUGGUUAUCCACAUUUUUAUUGUUUAUUGUUUGACAUAAAUAAAAUAAAAGCUUGUCAUGAUAUUUCUUUGUAUAUAA